AUGGCAAAUCAUGUCGCAGUCGAUUCGCGCCUCCCUCCAUCGCCUUUUGGCUCCGCGUGUUCCGGACCUGCACCACUCUAUGCGCCGGACUCUCUCACUGUCUGGCAUUCUUCGCCGUCCAAGCCUAGCUCAGCCUCACAGAACGACUACGAUUUCGAUGUAGAAGAGCUGUUAGAGAACGACGUGGAUUAUACCAAUUACGGCCAAGUCUUGCAUCCAUACGAGCUCGAGGAGGUCGACACUCCUGCUGCAGAUUGCGGUCAUGUCGACCUCCCCCAUGAGAUAGAAAAUGAAGAUGAUGAAGAAAACACUCAAGAUUCUGACUCUGCUGCUCUUGCUUGUCGGUUGCGUCGCAUGCGCUGGAAACCUGCAUCUCGCCCUUACGCUUUCACGCCUUCGUCACCCGCGCAAUCCAAUCCUCGCAAGCGGUUACGGUCAGAGGCCCUGGAUACCGACACCGAUUCGGAUGGAUUUGACAAUCCAUACACACGCUCUGAGCCACUAAAAGUGCGGCGGCGGACUCAAGGGCCUGAAAAUAUCUCUACCAUCGCCACUCCCUUGGACAUGAGUGAUACCUCGACGCCACAGGCAACCACCACUGCCUCGACAUCCGACGACCUUAUGGACGUUGAUAAACAAGCCAUUUAG